AUGGCUGGAAUGGAGCCUCGUAUCGUCUUUUUGAAUGAUAGUGACGCGAAUCAGCAGCUUAUUAUAUCGAAGAAAUAUGCUCGCAAUGUUAUGGUCACAUCAAAAUACACGACAGUCAAUUUCAUUCCCAAGACUAUAUUCGAAUUCUUUCGUGUCGUGGCCAAUGUCUACUUUCUUCUAAUUGCCGUCUUACAGUUGGCGACACCGUGGUCACCAACUAAUCGGUUAACGACUGCAGGUCCUCUUUUCUUUGUCCUUAUUGUCACAAUGAUUAAACAAGGACGCGAGGAUUAUAAGCGUCAUCAAGCAGAUAUCAAACAGAACUGUCGCUUGUGUCGAAUCAUUAAUACGAACGGAAUGACGGAACAGAUUUCAUGGCAAGAUUUGCAAGUUGGGCAACUUGUCUGUAUGGAAAACCACGAGGAGUUACCAGCCGAUGUCGUGAUUCUAGCAACUUCCGAAGAGGAAGGAAGAUGCUUCAUUGAAACGUCAAAUCUUGACGGUGAAACGAAUCUUAAGCGUCGAAUUGCAGUAAAGCGUACAGCCCAACUCGUUGGCUGGCGGGAACUAAACGGAGCACCGAUUGCGCAAGAAUCUGUGUGUUCUUCAGCUAUACGUCAAUUACAUGGUCGUAUCGAACAUGAACAGCCAAAUAAUCAACUUUACACGUUCACCGGGCGAUUACAGCUUAACGAAAAUGAUCGAGGGGAGAGUGCAAUAUCGUUAGGUCCCGAAAAUCUGCUACUACGUGGCUGUAGCUUGCGAAGUUGUGCUUUUGUCGUCGGAUUAGUCAUUUUUACAGGCAGUGAGACGAAAUUGCUACAGAAUUCACGCGUUGCACCGUCAAAGCAGAGUAAAGUGUAUCAGACUGCAAAUCGCUGCAUGUUGUUGAUUUUUACGACCAUGUUUGGUCUCUGCUUAGCGAGUGCCUUUGCUGCAGUUUUAUGGAGCCAGAAAAAUGCAAAUCGCGUGUGGUACCUGCCUUUUCUUAAAGAAGCAGACAAAGUGGAUGAUGGCAUUGUCAAUUUCUUUACUUUUUUGAUUCUCUACAACAAUCUUGUCCCGAUCUCGUUGUAUGUCUCGCUCGAUAUAAUUAAAGUUUUGCAAGCGAAUCGAAUUACUAGUGAUGCUGCUAUGAUGUGCGAUAAUGUUCAUGCCGUAGCACGGACGUCGGAACUGAAUGAAGAAUUAGGUCAAGUGGAGUAUAUUUUUAGUGACAAGACAGGAACUUUGACGCGCAAUGUCAUGGAAUUUCGAAAGUGUUCGAUUGGAGGAAUUUCGUACGGUUUUGGUACCACGGAAAUUGGUCGAGCUGUAGCCGCUUUAGCAAGUACAACUACUAUCACUGAACAAUCGAGUGGAAAACAGCGAAUUGUUGACUCAGUGGAUAGUAUUUGUGAAAAUACAGCAAAUUUAACGGAUGCUCUUGUUGAAGGGUGUGAUCCGAAAGAAGCUCAGGUACACUAUGAUCCUAGUAUACACUUUGAUGAUCCAGAAUUGCUACGUGCGCUUUACGCUGGGGGCAAGCAGGGCAAACUUAUUCAUGAAUUUCUAACGUUACUGUCUAUUUGCCACACGGUUAUCCCUGAGAUAGAUGCCAAGACGGGGUCAAUUGUGUACCGUGCUUCAUCUCCGGACGAAGAAGCUUUAGUGAAAGCAGCCAAAUGCUUGGGAUACAACUUUGUGGCUCCAGCUCCACUUAUUAAGGUAGAGAUCUCUUGCAAAGCAUCACUUGUUCCGUCUCAUGUAUCUAUUGAGAUGUUGGAACGUGUGAUGGACUCGUAUACAAUCGUGAACAUUAAUGAGUUUAAUUCGACACGAAAGCGAAUGUCUAUCGUAACACUUAAUGUAGAAACUGGAGAGUAUAUUGUGUAUUGCAAAGGUGCGGAUAAUAUGAUGCUUGAACGUUGUGCACCGCUGAAAAAUGAUGCCGAUGUGGCUGCUAAUGCGAAGAUAGUGGAACAUCUUAAGCUUUAUGCUCGAGAAGGACUGCGAACUCUUGUUCUCGGUCGUCGGGUGCUUACUGAAGACCAGUAUAGAACGUAUAACGACGCAUACAUUGCUGCAUCAACUUCUCUUGUCGAUAGAGAAGAGAAGCUUGAUGCGUGUGCUGAACUAGUAGAGUCAAGAAUGCAACUUCUUGGUGUGACUGCAAUCGAAGAUAAGCUUCAGGAGGGCGUACCAUCCGCAAUUUAUAAUCUUGGGCAGGCUGGAAUUAAAAUUUGGGUCUUGACCGGCGAUCGUGAAGAGACUGCAAUUAAUAUUGGUCAUGCGUGUCGACUUAUAAACGAUCAGAUGCAGCUGCUUUACGUAAAUGCUGAGCGUGUCGAGGCCUUAUGUGCUCAAUUAGACGCUUUACACGAAACACUCGAGAUCAAGAGACUUCUUCGAAGUAAUUCGGUGGCUGACAACCUCGCCAUGGUAUGUGAUGGUAAAGCUCUCGUCCAUAUCUUUCCAUCGCGCGAUGCACGAGCCAAAAUGUCCGUUGAUGCUUUGGAACGCGUGAGACUAUUGACAAAUAAACUUUUGGAUGUUGCUCAAGUAUGCAAAGCACUCAUUGCUUGUCGAGUAAGUCCGUCGCAAAAAGCAGAAAUUGUUCAACUCGUUCGUUCAGGUAGAAAGAAUAAGCAAAAAGGCUCUCAAGCAAUCACUUUAGCAAUUGGAGACGGUGCGAACGACGUGAGUAUGAUUCAAACUGCUCACGUUGGUGUGGGGAUAUCUGGAAACGAAGGAGUUCAAGCAGUGAAUGCUAGUGACUAUGCGAUUGCUCAAUUUCGCUUCUUAACACGUCUCGUGCUACUGCACGGUCGAUGUAAUUACAAGCGCAUUUGUAUGGUCAUUCGGUACUCAUUUUAUAAGAACAUUGCGCUAGUUAUCUGUCUUUUUACAUUUAACUUUUACAAUGGUCAAUCCGGAACGCCAUUGUUUGAAAGUUUUGUGAUGGCUGGUUGGAACUUUUUUCUUGCGCUACCUAUUAUCGUUAUCGGCAUUUACGAUCAAGACAUUUCUGAAGAGAUCAUUUUGAAAUAUCCUCAACUUUAUCGUUAUGGUCAAUACGAUAGCGAUUUAAACAUGCACAAAUUUUCAACAACAAUUAUAAACGCGAUUGGACACGCCCUUGUCUGCUUCUUCGUUUGCUACGGCUGUAUGCAGUACACGAAUUAUGGCUUGUACGUAAUUGGCACGCUGUUCUAUGCGGCUUUACUUGGAACUAUGAAGUUAAAAGUGACAAUAUUGACACAGGUUUGGAACAAAUAUCAUUUUGCAGUCAUGACUUUCAGCAUUUGGCUCUUUAUCUUCUUUUUACUGGUAUAUCCACACAUGACGUUCAUGGGCUAUGACAUGUAUGGCGUCCCCGUGUACAUGAUUCAAUUGCAGCGGUUUUGGACGUUGCUGUUGCUAUGUCCUGUAGCAGCGGUGAUGUUCGAUUUUAUUCUUCUAGCCGCACAGCAGCAAUUUCGACCGCGUGCAGAGGAUAUUCUGCGCGAACGUUCUCGUACUGCCAAGUCAAAGCGCGUUAGUGACUUUGUAGAGCCCAUUCCACAAAUUGAAUCACCUUCUACCGACAAUAUUUUUAUGGUCGAACAUUCUACGAAUGAGAAUGCCCGAUGUGAUGCUACGGAGAAUAAACUUGUGAUGGCAAAGCCGUCGUUUCCGAAUCGACGAGCGAGCAUCCCGUCGACGUAUGACUCAUUAAAGGGCAGUUUACCAGAGCUACAGUCGCUGAGUAGCUUUGCCUUCAAUGGACUGGACCAGACAAUGGGUGCACAAGCAUCAAGAGGUCCUUCGGCUCAAGAGACUGUGACAAUGCGAGUUUUGAGCUUUCAAAUGCAGCGUCGUCCCAAUCAAACGGAUGCUAUAAAUUCCUUUGUAGCGCCUGAAUAA